UGAAGGCAGCCUAACUUUUCUAAGGAGUGUGUACUUUUAGCACGGUGAACUAUUAGCAUCGAUUAAAGCUGUCUUCUUAACAGAGUCGGUGAGCGUUGUGGAGCCAGGUUGGUGUUACUGAGGAUGUGGGAGAAGAGUGAGUCAAGGGGAUGAAGAAACCCCGCCGCUGCUGACGUCGGAGCGGUGAUUUCCUUUAUUUCGCAGAUCAAUCAGUUAACUUGGUUGUUUAGGAGGAACUUUGACAUGUAGCUGCUCACUCACCGCGGGAUGUGCACGUCGUAUUCAGCUGCCUGCGCUCCGUGACACUCCUUCGAAGCUAUUUAUUGUUGAGACUUAACUCUUCACCGAGUUGUUUGCGUGUGUGUGGGGUGUGUGUGUGUGUGUGUGUGGCAAACAUGUUUGAAAAGCUGUCACGUUAUUUCACCGUGGAAGGUGAGCUUUUCCCCGGGAAGAGUCGGUGGACCUCGGCGGCGGUUGCUGUGGUCCUCCUGGGUCUGUUUGCUUCGUCGUGCUGGGCAGAGGAAGCAUCCUGCCACGGAGCCUACGACCUCUACUUUGUUUUAGACAAGUCUGGAAGUGUCUCUGCUGACUGGUACGAGAUUUACUCGUUCGUGAAGAACCUUACCGACAGAUUUGUGAGCCCCAGAAUGAGAGUCUCAUUCAUCGUGUUCUCGGCCAAAGCAACAGUCCUGCUGCCACUGACUGGAGACAGAUAUGAGAUAGAAGAGGGUCUGAAGCGCUUGCGGGACGUGAAACCAGCAGGUGAAACCUAUAUGCAUGAGGGAAUAAAACAGGCCUCAGUUCAGAUAAAGUCACAAAACAUGAAGUCAUCUAGCAUCAUCCUGGCUCUGACAGACGGGAAGCUUGAAGUUUACGUUCACGAGCUCACAGUGAAAGAGGCGAAUGACGCGAGGAAUUAUGGCGCUCGUGUUUACUGUGUGGGUAUCAAGGACUUUGAUGAGCAGCAGCUUGCUGAUAUUGCGGACACCAAGGACCAAGUGUUUCCUGUCAAAGAUGGCUUCCACGCGCUCAAAGGCAUUGUCAAUUCUAUAUUAAAGCGAUCGUGCACAGAGAUCCUGAGUGUGGAGCCCUCCAGUGUCUGUGUGAACGAGUCCUUUGACAUCGUUCUCAGAGGGAACGGCUUCACCCUCGGCCGCAGCAAUGAAGGCGUCGUCUGCAGCUUCAUAGUGGACAAGCAAACUUUCAAUCAUAAACCGAGUGCUGUGCGUAAUGAUUAUCUCUUGUGUCCUGCACCAAAGCUCUAUGAAGUCGGACAGACUAUGGACGUUCUCAUCAGCCUAAACAACGGCAAGUCCUUCAUCUCCAGCGCCUACACCAUACGUGCUUCCACAUGUUCCGAUGGUUUUGCGGUGGCAAUAGUCUUCCUGGUGCUGCUGAUCCUCUUAGCUCUGGCCCUCAUGUGGUGGUUCUGGCCUCUUUGCUGCACAGUGGUCAUCAAAGACCCGCCGCCACCUCCUCCACCAUCCCGUCCUCCACCACCUGAGCCAGAGCAACUGCCCAAGAAGAAGUGGCCAACUGUGGACGCCUCCUACUACGGAGGAAGAGGAGCUGGAGGGAUCAAACGCAUGGAGGUGCGCUGGGGUGAGAAGGGCUCGACAGAGGAGGGGGCCAGGCUGGAGAAAGCCAAGAACGCCGUAGUGUCCAUACCAGAGGACGUAGAGGAGCCAAUGAUCAAACGUCCCACCCAGAAGCCUGCCCCCACCUACCAUCAAAACCAGAACAAAUGGUACACUCCCAUCAAGGGUCGUCUUGACGCUUUGUGGGCUCUGCUUGGACGGCAGUAUGACCGAGUUUCCCUCAUGAGACCCACAUCUGCAGACAAGGGUCGGUGUAUUAAUUUUAACCGUGUGCAGCAUUAGUAGAAGAGAGCGACGCCUGUGUGAAAACCAACAUGUGCUGAUCGCUGUGGACAAGAGAAGAAUAUCAGGUUUUUUUUUUUUUUGAAGAUCUGUAAUCUUGCAGCUAAAACCACUAUCUGUUCACUCCACUUUACUUUGCGCACAGAGUUUCCCUUCUGGUUCUCCGCUCUUUGACCUCUGAAGCACAGAGUGAAAUGUUUAUAUUAAUUCUCAUUCUUUAAGUUAUUGACUGCAUCUUUCCACCACCAAAUAUUUUUUUAAUUAAGGAAAAAAAAAGUUAAGCAGAAGCACAGGACGCCCCAGAACUUAGCACUCAGAGUCGGUUAUCUGUUCGUGCGCACCAAAGGCUUAACAUAUUCUGACCAUAUUGUGCCUUCUGUGGAAAACCUAAUUUCAUGGACACAGACGGAAGCUAUCUAAAAAGAAAAAAAAAACAUGGAGGAAGGGCCGUUUGCCUUUGGCGUAGAAGUCGGAAUAAUCCCAGUGGGCCUCACAAGUGCAGAAGUCCGUUGCCUUUUGGCAAUGUCUCAUCACAAACCCUCUCCAACUUCAGCAGUGCUGGAUGCCUGGCGGCUGCCCUUUGACUGGCUUAUCUUGUCAUUUUAACACUGAGAAGUGCACACGCAUGACAAAUUGUAGACAGGAUGCCCCAAGGUAUUGGAAGGCACUAAGACUUUGCCUUUAGUUCUUUUUUUUUUUUUUGAAGACACCUUCAUUUCAUUAUGCACUCGGGACACGAAAAUUAAUAGAGCGUUAUUCGACCGCAGGACAGCCUCCUGACCAGGAUGAUCUCCAGCUAGGUUUGAGGGAUUGAUGCCUUUAAGACCUUGACAUGGCGCUUGGUGUUUUUUGCCCCUGUUUUCAGCGCAGUCUGCUCUCUGCUCAGCAAGGCGUAGCACAUCACAGCCCAUAAACAGGCCUAUCAGUUAAGACUUUUAAGAUAUAGAUACAGCUGCCUCGACACUCCUCUGCCCACCGUCUCAAUCCUCCGAGGGCUUCCUGGCUGCGUCACAACUCACUAGUUCUCUCAGCACCAGAAUAUCAAAGUUUAAUUAAAAUAAUUAAAGGCAACAGCAAGCAGCAGCCUGUGAAGACUUGGCUGUCUCUUUUUUAUGCCUUUUGACAUUGAAUGACCUAUUACUGCGUUAUUCACAGGAAAAAAAGAGGACACCGCGCCACGGUGACGGUGCACCACGUCCAAAACGCAAACCCAAAGGAACGGAUGCGAUGGACGGAUAAGUAUUGUUCAUUUCCAGAAAUUAUGUCUCCCCCCCUCCUCCACCCCAACUCCCUUACCCCAAAAAGCAGGGGAUAUAUAUUUAUAUAUAUAGUGGAGUUCUCAAGCGCGCUGUCAUGACGCCAAUCCCAAAUGAUGUUAGUGUGAGCGGAAACACUGUGGGGGAGGAAAGGGGGCAGCAGCUGAAGAAAAAGGCUCGAAUGAUCCAGUCACUUCGGAUACCGUACUUCAGAUGCAAAAUGGAUAUUCGAGUCGAAACCUGACAAAGCGCGCCAGCUUUGACGGGAAGCGGUAUAGACAAUGACCAGUGGCUGGGUCAGUGGGAUGUCUCUGUGCAAGCAGGGAAGCUUAUCAAAUGACACUAAAAAUAAGUUCAACAACCAUCAAGUUUGAGGGGGAAUGGGUGAGCGUCUCACAUUCGGUGGGCACGAGAGCGCGCAACACGCCAGUCUAAUUAUUCCUUUGUUUCCUCCUUGUCUCCGAUCGGAGGGACAUAAAUAAUUCCAAAUCAAAUCCUCGGGGUGUGCUGGUAUUUAUGUCCGACUUAAACGCUUUUAGCCUCUUGCAUAAUUUUGCAGGCUGACAUUUAAUAGGCUCAUCAGCCUCUUUCUGGACGGACGGCGGACGAGGAAAUUUAAGCACUUAGAUCCUGUCUUUUUUAUGUUACAACCAAGAGCACAGGAAUGUUAUUAACCCGAACUAAUGAGAUAUUUACAUAGCAGUCACAACACGGGUCGCACUGCUAAAAACACGUCACAUGUCCCCUCUGCGUCCUUUCCUCACAUCAUCACACACCAUGGUAUUCGGUUUGAACACCUAUUGUUGUUGAUAAUUGUUGAAUUUCUUUGUGCCUUCUAGUAAAUCGAUGCCUUUGAUGGAAAAAGUAUUUUUGUAUUUCUGCACUUGUUAAAUGAGGUUGUUUUAAUGUCACACCAAAAGUAGAAGAAUUAUGUGUUUUUUUGAAAACAUUUUUUCACUUCAGCCAAGUUUUUGUUAACUUCAUCACUAUAAAAUACAACUGAAGCUUUAAAAAAGUAAAUCACCACAAUUCUUCAUUUCAUUUUGUGUCACCAUUUCUUUCAGAUUUUAGAUGAUUUGAUUUGCAUGGACGACUUUCUGCUUCGUACAUUAUUAUCAGCUCAUUUAAAGUGCAGUUAUUGUAAUUUAUCAUUUUAUUAUCUUUAAAAUUGUACAGUUUUUGUCUUUCAUGCUGCCUUUUUAUAUAAGCUUAGCACCUUUAUGUCCAGGUUCAGGUCACACAAGCUGCACAUAUGUGUGUGAGUCGCAACCAAAAUAUCAAUAACAUCUUUUUUGCAAAGCUUUUUUAUACGAGUUUUACACUGUUUUUAUUUUACAGUCAAACAAUUCCUGUUAUUGUUUUACACUGCAGUCUGUUGUGUCAAAUAUACAUUCAAUGAAAAGCCAA